AUGGUUAAGAUUCUUUUCGGAACGGGUGACUUAGUAGCACAGGCAAUCACAAACUCUCACAAAGAACAACCACCACUAGCAGAAGAAGAUGGAAGCAUUAUAAGUAGUGGUAAGACAGGUCUUAAUAUUGAUUGGGUGCGGACCGCUAAGUCUGUUAUUUAUGGGUCCUGUAUCUUUGGUCCCGUCGGAACAUACUACUAUCCAGCAAUCGAUCGCAUCCCCUUUCCAAAGAUUUUGCAAUCGCUAGGUCUUGUAUCCUCGACAAAGCCUCUAACAUCUAAGGGUGCUCAAUUUGCCACGCAAGUUGUUCCCAAAGUACUUUUUGACCAGCUUCUAUUUUCCCCAUGUGCAAUUGCCGUAUAUUACAUUGUUAUGGGUGUUUUUGAUGGUAUGAGAUCAUGGACAGACAUUGUGAAUGAACGUCUGAUACCAAACUGGGCCAAUACAUUUGAAACUAAUCUUGUGGUAUGGCCAACUGUCCAGUUUCUAAACUUUGGGUUCAUUCCCACAAAUUAUAGGCUUGUAAUGGUAAAUGUUGUUAGCGUAGGAUGGAAUGCUUUUAUUUCUUUCCGAAACAACAAUUCCAAAGAACUGAUGGUUCAAAAAGACUGA